UGACAUGUCAUCAAGUGACAGCAUACACCUAUGGGCCCGCAGGCGGAAACGGUAAAGACAUGUAUGCUUUUGUGAUGUGAGUCUGUGACGUACGAUAGAGUCACAACCGUUAGUCUGUAACGUAACCCUACCUUCGUCUCACCUGAACCGCUCACAUCCACCUGCUGCCCGCACGGAACCAGCGGCGAGUCGAGAGACAAACCCUGACGGACUGCCAGUGAGCAAUGAAAUGAGGUUUUACUCCCUCAGAUUUGGAUGUCUGCUGGCUUUGGCUUGUUUUGUGUCGGUCACCUGGAUUAAAUCGAUCCCCAGGGAUGGAGUGUCUCCGGGUUCAGCGGUACAGCCAGAACUGCAGACACUGUACGAGCGUCUGUUGGUGGCCGAGGAGUUGGGAGGGCAGGUCAGCAGGGAUCUCAGCAGCAUCCUGGAACAGCUGAAGAAUAUCUCUAAAGCUGGCAACAUCACCCGUCCCAGCAGUAACACCACUGCCACCACCAUCUCCACAGAAGCAGUAAGGCAGCCAGGUGGUUCAGGCCUACAGACGUUCCUCCAGCCCAACAUUUACCUGUACAUGCCCCACCUCAGACAACAUCCAGACAGCCUCCGACCUAAUGUAGUCAUAGGACAGGGACGCCGUGGAGUGUCCAUGGUGAUGGGCAUUCCUACAGUGAAGCGUGACAAGCAGAACUACCUGGUUAGCACACUCAGCUCUCUGCUCUACAGCCUGACUUCCGCACAACGCCAAGAUCUCCUCAUCAUUGUCUUCGUUGCUGAGACGGACCCAGACUAUGUGGGCAGCAUAGGAGAGACCAUCAGGAAGAAUUUUCCCAAGGAGGUGCAGUCCGGGCUAAUGGAGGUUGUCUCUCCUUCACAGUAUUACUACCCUGACUUCACCAGCCUCCGAGAGACCUUUGGCGACUCCAAGGACAGAGUCAAAUGGCGAACAAAGCAGAACCUGGACUUCAGCUUCCUCAUGCUCUAUGCUCAGGAUAAAGGGACCUAUUAUGUUCAGUUAGAGGAUGAUAUUGUUGCAAAGGCAGGCUACUACAAUGACAUGAAGACCUUCACCACCCAGGAAGCAUCCAAGGAGUGGCUCUUCCUGGAGUUCUCGCAGCUUGGAUUUAUAGGCAAGAUGUUUCGGACGCGUGACCUCCCGAUGAUUACGGAGUUCUUCCUGAUGUUCCAUAGAGACAAACCCAUCGACUGGCUGUUAGAUCACAUUCUGUGGGUGAAAGUCUGCAACCCAGAAAAAGACACAAAAGACUGUAACAAACAGAAGGCAUUGCUCAAGCAGAGGUACAAACCCUCGCUCUUCCAGCACGUAGGCCUCCACUCCUCUCUGCCUGGCAAAGUGCAGCAUCUGAAGGAUAAGGACUUUGGGAAGCAGGCUCUGCACCAGGCCCACAAUAACCCAGCUGCAGAGCUGAGCAGCAGCCUGAAACAUUACCAGCAGCACAGUCUGAACAGAGCUUACAGAGGAGAGGACUUCUUCUGGGCAUUAACACCCUUCAAGAAUGACUUCAUCCUCUUCAGCUUCCCCCAGCCAAUCCACAUAUCAGGGUACCUGUUUCGCAGUGGAAAUAUUGAGACGAGUGGAGAUAAAUUCUACAACACCACAGUGGAAGUGCUUCCAAGCAAAGCGUCAGCACAAGACAAACUAGUGCCUGGCUUGUCUUCCACCUACAAAGAAUCUGAUAAGGGCUUCAUCAUUAUCGGUGCAUUUGAGGACGGGGUAGCUGAGGGUGUCAUUGAUGAAGCGCUGCAGCCCAUCUCAGCACUACGGCUCGUGGUUCACUCUGACGCUGACGUCUGGGCUCUACUGAGUGAGAUAUUCAUUGAAGUUUGACAACCAUCAAGGAGAGGAACCUACACACACAUUGCCAUCAAGCUCAGUGCCUCACCUGUACAAACUGCUCCCCCUGUUGGACAAAGACUUUCACUACAGGGACUAUUUUUCACAACGAUUACAUGAAGUGCCUGAAACCGACUGACUGUUGCCUGUGAGGAUCGUGUUCAGGGUUUUUUCUGAACCAGACUCAGGUCACCCCUAUGGGCUGAUUUUUGUGUCAGUAGAAACUGAAUUUAAAUCAUUUAGAACUGAAUCUGAAUUGCUCAACUUGAAUAAUUGCAUUAAAAAACUGAAUUUGAAUAGCAUAAUUUGAAUUUGUAUUGUUUAACUUGAAUAACUAUUGAAAAACUGAAUCUGAAUAGCAUCAUUUGAAUUUGAAUGUAUUAGUUUGAAACGGAAUUCCAAUAAGAACAAAAAUCAGCCCAUACACCCCUUUCCAUUCAACUUACAGUUCAAUUCAGCAAUAUUAACCAUGUUGAGUUAGGACAUUUGGAAGGGAAUCCCUUGUGCAUUUGACCACACUGUUAGCUCACAGUAGCUGUUUAAAACAGCAGAGCUACUUCAUAAAUAAUUUAUUACACUACUGCACUAUAUUUUGUUGUAAAUAAAGAAAAUAUACAGUA